CCUCGCGAGCGGAGUAGCUUAUUGACCUUGCGCGACCCGGUGACCCCGGCUACCUAGGUCGCCCCGGCCACCAUGCCGCGCUCCUUCCUGGUCAGGAAGCCGUCCGACCCCCGCCGGAAGCCCAACUAUAGCGAGUUGCAGGACGCGUGUGUGGAGUUCACCUUCCAGCAGCCCUACGACCAGGCCCACCUGCUGGCCGCCAUCCCUCCGCCCGAGGUCCUCAACCCCGCCGCCUCGCUGCCCACCCUCAUCUGGGACUCGCUCCUGGUGCCCCAAGUGCAACCGGUGGCUUGGGCCACUCUCCCGCCGCGGGAGAGCCCCAGGGCGGCAGAGCUGACCUCGCUGUCCGAUGAAGACAGUGGCAAAAGCUCCCAGCCUCCCAGCCCGCCCUCGCCGGCGCCGUCGUCCUUCUCCUCCACCUCCGCCUCAUCCCUGGAGGCCGAGGCCUUCAUCGCCUUCCCCGGCUUGGGUCAACUGCCCAAGCAGCUAGCCAGGCUCUCGGUGGCCAAAGACCCUCAGUCCCGGAAGGCCUUCAACUGCAAAUACUGCAACAAGGAGUACCUCAGCCUGGGCGCCCUGAAGAUGCACAUCCGAAGCCACACGCUGCCCUGCGUCUGCGCAACCUGCGGAAAGGCCUUCUCCAGGCCCUGGCUGCUGCAGGGCCACGUCCGCACCCACACGGGUGAGAAGCCCUUCUCCUGCUCCCACUGCAACCGUGCCUUCGCUGACCGCUCUAACCUGCGUGCCCAUCUCCAGACCCACUCGGACGUGAAGAAGUACCAGUGUCAGGCGUGUGCCCGCACCUUCUCCCGAAUGUCCUUGCUCCACAAACACCAAGAGUCUGGCUGCUCUGGAGGCCCACGCUGAC